AUGGCGGCGCCGCCGUCGAGGUCCCGGGGCGACUACGACCACCUGAUUAAGCUCCUGCUCAUCGGCGACAGCGGAGUUGGAAAGAGUUGCUUGCUGCUGCGGUUCUCUGAUGACACAUUCACAACUAGUUUUAUCACCACCAUUGGCAUUGAUUUCAAGGUUAGGACAGUUGAGCUUGAUGGAAAGCGUGUAAAAUUACAAAUUUGGGAUACUGCUGGUCAAGAACGUUUCCGAACAAUUACCACUGCUUACUACAGAGGAGCUAUGGGCAUUCUGCUUGUAUAUGAUGUCACAGAUGAAUCAUCCUUCAAUAACAUUAGAAAUUGGAUUCGCAACAUAGAGCAGCACGCAUCUGAUAAUGUCAACAAGAUCUUGGUGGGCAACAAGGUUGAUAUGGAUGCAAAGCGGGUAGUGUCCACAGCUCAAGGUCAGAAGCUUGCAGAUGAAUAUGGGAUCAAGUUUUUUGAGACGAGUGCAAAAACAAAUCAAAACGUGGAGCAGGUUUUCUUCACCAUGGCAAGGGACAUAAAGCAAAGACUCACUGAGACCGUUGCUGCUGCGACUGAGCCCCCAACUAUUCAGAUCAGCAGGCCAGAUCCCGACCAGGCUGGCGCAGCCUCGUCGAGGUGGUCAUCCUGCUGUAACACCUGA